AUGCAGGGCGGCGGCGGCGGCGGUGAUCAAGCAGGAGGGAUCCUGGGCAUGGACAUGGGCGUGGGGUACGCUGGCGGCAGCGGCGCCGAGUGCUCGUCGUCGGCUUCGGCGGCGGCUGCUGCUGCCGCGGCCGCAGCCGCCGACGCGGCGGAGGCGGAGGAGCGGCAGUUGCUCAAGGGGGAGAUCGUGGUGCACCCGCUGUGCGAGCAGCUGGUGGCGGCGCACGUGGGGUGCCUGCGCGUGGCGACGCCCAUCGACCACUUCCCCCUCAUCGACGCGCAGCUCGCGCAGUCCAGCGGCCUCCUCCACUCCUACGCCGCCCACCACCGCCCCUUCCUCUCCCCGCACGACAAGCACGACCUCGACUCCUUCCUCGCGCAGUACCUGAUGCUGCUGUGCUCGUUCCGGGAGCAGCUGCAGCAGCACGUCCGGGUGCACGCCGUGGAGGCCGUCAUGGCGUGCCGCGAGAUCGAGCAGUCCCUGCAGGACCUCACCGGGGCCGAUCCGUGUCCUAACCAGGCCGACGGCCGUGGUGGCAUGGCGGAGUGGGCAAAGGCUGGAGGAGGUUGGCCGUGGAUCUUACGUGGGCGACGCUGGAGGAAGGGACGGGGGCGACCAUGUCGGAGGACGAGACGAGCCGCCGAUGCUGGAGUCGGGCCUGACAUGGGCUCCGAUGGGCACGACAUGAUGGAAGCUGGCCUGCUCCUGCCCACCGACUCGAGCGCUCACUCAUGGAGAGGGUCAGGCAGGAGCUCAAGAUCGAGCUCCAAGCAGGUUGAUGUGAAGUCAUGUCGAAUUCGUUGCAGGGGUUUCAAGUCAAAGAAUAGAGGAUGUGAGGGAGGAAAUUCUGAGGAAAAGGAGGGCUGGAAGCUGCCUGGGACACUUACCAGCAUCCUCAAGGAAUGGUGGCAGCAGCACUCAAGUAAGCCAUACCCUACGGUGAUGGAGAGCUAG